AGAGAGAGAAGGUGACAACUGUUACAUAAAGCACGAAUCUCUAGUGGUCCAUAAAUAUGAAUAAUUACUAUUCUGAACAUAACUGAAAGUAAUCUGAUCUAUCUAAUGAAACAUAUUAUUUAAUUGUGCAUAUUUGCAUAAAUUAUAUGCCAUCUUCAUAAAGGACUAUAACUGGUAUUGCUUUCAUAAAAUCAAACCUCUCCCUUUUGCCCUGGGGCCCCCUUCCCGGUCAGAUGGCAGGCAAGAUGGCCGGGUGUGCACCGUCCUCGAACCCACAAGCGAGCAGAUCCUCCGAGCCUCUCAGGACUCCGGUCCACGCCAUGGCGAAUUCCGAGCGCCUCUCGGCCCCCGGCUGCUGGGCCGCCUGCUCCAACUUCUCACGCACCCGACAGGGAAUUCUCCUGUUUGCUGAAAUUAUAUUGUGCCUGGUGAUUCUGAUCUGCUUCGGUGCCUUGACAUCAGGAUACUCCUCCUUGUCAGUGACAGAGAUGAUCUUUGCUACUCUCUUCUUUGUCGUCUACAUGUGUGACCUGCACACCAAGAUACAGAUCAUCAACUGGCCUUGGAGUAAUUUCUUCCGAACCCUCGUAGCGGUCAUCCUCUACCUGAUCACCUCCAUUGUUGUGCUUGUUGAGAGAGGAAACCACUCCAAAAUCGUCGCAGGGGUACUGGGCCUAAUCCCUGCAUGCCUCUUUGGCUAUGAUGCCUACAUUACCUUCCCCUUGCAGCAGCAAAGACAUACAGCAGCCCCUACUGACCCUGCAGAUGGCCCAACGUAGGUGAACUCCCUUCAUUUCUCUCAGCAACCUGCAAAUAACACCGCCAUCGAAAUAAUUCCUCCCAGCUCACAACUGAGGUAAAAGUGCCUUUAUCGAGAAAAUUUGUCUUCCAGACUGCCAAUCAACUCCUCUGGUUAUGGCCACCUUUAUGGGUGUGCCUAGGUUCCCCUUCCUUCUGCAGUAUCCAAACGGAGACACCAGUUCUGCCUCGACAAUGCCCCCACCUAAGCCACAAAAUGACGGAAGAGGGUCCCUCAGAUUUCAAGACUCCAGGCCCCAGGUUGU